AUGCCUAAAUGCGAUUGUCCUAAUGACGAUCCGCAAUCCUUGCAGGAUAAAGACUGCAAAUGCGCCCAAAAAUACCUGCCGGCCUGGGUACGACGUGGAAAGAACUGCCCGGGGCCUGGAGUCUUUGGAGCAGUUUACAAUGCCGAAGUCUACAAGGCGAUAGAGUCUCGUGGCGGUCCGCUAUGGGAGCGGUUGGAGAAGGACAAGGCCAACCGGGAAAACGCGAACGCAGGUGUGGAGGCUCUGCCAGUGGGCAAGGCAGUGGGCCCAGGUCCUGGGGCGAGCCCGGGGCAGCCGGCUGCCCCUGCAACGUCAAGCAUCCUCAGCUCCGUCGGUACAGCGGUUGUGGCACCAACAACCACCAAAGCAUCACCAGCUUCCCCAGACCUUCCAAAAGCCUCACCUCCUGCUAGCAGUGCUCCAAGCACUGCCGGAGCACCUUCAACAAGCUCGCCCCCCAUCACCAAAACUUCACCCCCUUCGGCUGCACCUGUUUCGUCGCAGCCGACGCAAGACUCAGACCCUCCUGCAAAAGCCUCACAGCCGACCGGCCCAGCCAGCGUUCCACCAACGGUAAGACCAGAAACCCCGCAAAAGGAAGACUCGGCUGCAAAAGCCUUCCCUCCAACUGGUCCGCCGGCAAGACCAGAGACUCCAGCGCAAAAGGCCGAGUCUCCUGCAAAGGCCUCGCCUCCAGCCGGCCCGGUUCCCGGCACACUGCCGGCAACACCAAAGACGGCGCCAAAGGAAGACUCUCCUCCAAAGGCCAUGCUGGCCACCCCCCCAACCGGCACUGUUCCCGGCCCACCUGCACCAGCAACGGCUAAGCAAUGGGCUCCUCAGCCCUCGCAAGAGGCAGACUCCCCUCCGAAACGUCCAGCCUCAGCAGGGGCUGGUCCACCAGCAAAAGCCGCAGCAACCUUAUCACAGGCCAGCUCCCCUCGAUGA